CCCCACUAGACUCCCUGCCUCUCCAAGUUCCAAGUUCCAACUGCUGUGAUUGUUAACCCCAAAACCCUAACUCCGUUAUUUCUCCGCCCAGUGCUCCAAUGGCCUCUCGCUGCAGAUCUUUCUCGAAGCCGGCUUUCUCUCUUCUCAAAUCUGCCGUCAACAAACCGGCGUUCAAGGCCACUCCCAUGUCUUCUCUCCCCUCCACCCGCCCUUCAAUCAAUCUCUCAAGGCCGAUUCCGCAGUUGGGUUGUCUACAAUCUCUGCUUCCAUUUCACACGGCGGUGUCUUCAGCUCGGCUCACGUCGUGCCUUGGCAUUGACUCUAGGAGCUCGAGGUCGUUGUCUCAGGGUAUGCUCGGUGCAAACCCAGGAGUUUGAUUUCUCCAAUGUAUUGUAUUUAUUAUCUCUAACUAGGUCUCAGCGUGCCUCGAUAAGAGAUUGAAGAAGUUGGAAGAUAGAGGCCAAUGGAUCAGUCUCAUCACCUCGGCUACCAGCAAGUCCUUUUCAUCAUCCAUUGGAGUUAAAUUCUGAACAGUUUUGUAUCCUGAAGAUGUAGCACGGUAGCUGCGAGAAAUGAAUUCUCUGACUCGUUGCUAUAAUUUUUUAAAUUCUCCCGCAAAUAUUUUGUUUACCUUC